AUGUCCACCGCGUAUCGAAAUGGCUCACACGCUAGCAGCCCAAUCCAGAAUGUGACCACCGCCACCGCCGCCACUGUUGCUGUUUCCAGUGACUCUGGGAGAAGCGGGAAAACGGAUUUGCAGUCUUCUCCUCUCUCUCAUACAGUAUCCACACAAAUGGCAUCUGCCGCUAGUACGCUUAUCUUUUAUCCAUUCGAUAUGCUUCGAGUGCGAUUCAUGUCGCAGGACGGCACGGUUCAGCGACAGCACAAUGGACAGACGUAUCACUCCAUCAGAAGGGCGUUGGCCACUAUAUACCGUGAGGAGGGGCCACGUGCUUUAUUCCGUGGUUGCCACGUGGCUGUCUUAGGCUCUGUGACCGCCUGGGGAAUAUACAUGUACACCUACCGCUCGCUUUGUUGUUCGGCAGAUGUGUCCUCUUUUUUAGGCCGGGCUGGAAUUUCCUUUCUGGCAAGUCUAUUCUCAACUGUUCUCACGUCACCGAUUUGGUUAAUAAAGACGCGGAUGCAGAUUGAGGAUGCAACGCAGUCGAGAAAGUACGUCACAUUUCGAAGUGGAUUCCGCCAAGUGGUGAGAACCACUGGAUUUCGCUCACUGUGGCGCGGGGUGUCGCUGCAAAUGACGCUUGUCCUCCCCAACGCACUUAACUACCCCAUGUACGACUUCUUCAAGGGAAUUACGCUGCAAGCCCGUUCGCGGCAGGCGGCAAAAGGGGGAGAUUUGAGCGUCCCUGAGACACUUGUGUGCUCCACCCUAACAAAGCUGAUCUUGGUGUUGUUGUCGCACCCCAUCAUGUUUCUGAAGGUUCGCCUGCAGGAUCAACGCUGGAACCUGGGCGAGGUCAAAUACACCAACGUCCGCCGCUCCGUCCUUCUUACCUUGAAGCGUGAGGGAGUACGCGGCAUGUUUCGGGGCUUGAACUCCUCGUUGCUUCACUCGCUCCCGCGUGGAGUCACGCAUUACUUGUUGUACGAAAGGGCAUUAGGGGUUCUCGAUGCGUACCUAUGA